AGCGCGUUGCACAAAAACGACCAGACAUGGCGGCGCUACUCCGAGCUUUAAGUACAGGAAGGGCAUUUCGGGGGCUGUGUCGCGUUGUGGUGGUACCAACAACAAAACGUCACCGUGUCAGUCCCAAAAGAGGCUUCAGCUGUGCAGCUCUGAGGCUUCAAGAUGAAUCCAAAUCAAAAGCAUACACGCACUUUGCUGGUAACGACCCAGCAACAGCUUCACAGGGAGACGCAGCAGAUGAGUCCACCGGACCAAGAAGGAGUUACCAGCAUCAGGGUGGUGAGCAAGAUGAGGAGUAUAAAACAGAGGAGCAACUUCAAGCUAAAAUCCUCUAUGCUGCUUUGGAAUUUGUCCCACAGCAUGGCUGGACUAUGGAGGCCAUUGCGGCUGGUGCUGAGACCCUAGGCCUGUCAUCUGCUUCCACUGGUAUGUUCUAUAAUGGAGCUGGAGACCUGGUCCUACAUUUCAUCGCUCAAUGUAAUUCACAACUGGCAGAGACACUAGCAGAACAACAGAAGCAGGUCCAGUUGGGCCAAGAAGAACCAAAGAAGACUGCUGACUUUCUAAGAGAUGCUGUCGAGACGAGACUGAGGAUGCAAAUCCCCUAUAUAGAAACAUGGCCACAGGCAAUGAGCAUUCUGCUCCUGCCUCACAACAUCCCUAAAAGUCUGAAACACCUUUCCACUCUGGUGGAUGACAUCUGGUACCAUGCUGGAGACAGAUCUAUAGAUAUGAACUGGUACAGUAAACGAGCAGCACUGACUGGCAUCUAUAACACCACCGAGCUAGUGAUGCUUGAGGAUUCCUCCCCAGACUUCCAGGACAGUUGGAACUUCCUUGACAACCGUAUUCAGGAUAUAAUCAGCAUGGCCUCUUCUGCCAAACAGGUGCAAUCAACAGGUGAAGCGGUGUUGCAAGGGCUCAUGGGAGCAGCUGUAACUCUGAAGAAUCUCACCGGAAUAAACCAGACACGAUGAUGCAAGACAACUAAACAGAUCCGAAAUCCUCUUGUUUUAACAUGAGAUGAAAAUGAUUAUUCAAUAUUCAUUCAUAUUUAUUUGAUGUGGCCUGUGGUCUGCAUAUUUGGUGAUGGUCAUUUGCUGGACAGGUAGCUUUGUUUUGUUUUGUUUUGUUCGACUCACCAAUAUUAACUCUUCUAUUCAGACCAUAUGUCUUCAAUAGUGAAAUGACUCUGUAUUUAAGACUGGCUUGAUGUUCAUCAUAUUUUAUUGAAAUAAAAUUGUUGAC